UUGCUGAAACGCAAAGUGGUAGCGUGCAAAUAAAGUUUAGUGCUAAAACGUGUGCGUGUAUGACCACCGCACAGCAACCGAUGUCUGACGAUAUUGCAUUGAUAGGGUUGAACUUAAAGUUGCAGAGUAACAUUGAAGACAACAAUUGUAGCUAGAACGAUCGAAGCCGCAAAACAACCGGUACGCGAGGGUGAGAUAGAAAGGAUAGCUUCUUCGGGCUGCUAGAUUCGAGCGCGGUGGUGGAACGAUAGCUCCUCCAGCACGAGUUUCUGCGGGUUGGCUGGGAAACACGAUUUGUUAACCUCAAUCAUUUUUUUGAGGCAAAGGACGCUGUGUGAGCUUUACCACCCGGUUGGUAUUAAGGGCGAAGACGAAACGCAGGCACCGUUCGGAAAGCCAAGGAGGUACAGCAACCAUCUCCAGUCCACCACCUCCUCCUUCACCUCCGUCUUCGUCACGGACGCACCCGGUUUGGCUUAAUGUCUAGUGGUGAGUUUCGUGACAGCUUCGUCGAUCCCCCAGCCGCCAAAAAGCGGAAGCUGCCAUCGCCGACGCCGUCGCUGACACAGCCGCCCGAGCAGCAGCACGAGCAGCCGCCGCAUUCGUCAUCGCCUGCGAUAGAGCGCUCUGCACCAUCAUCGGCCGCAGCCGCUGCAGUAGUAGUAAUGGCGACGUCCAAUAACAAUGGCUCCGCUCCCGUGCCGUCCGUGGAGAACAAUUCCGGCGGUGGUGUUGCUGGUGUUGGCGGUGCCCAGGAAAUCGACGAGGGUCUGUACUCGCGCCAACUCUACGUGCUCGGCCAUGACGCGAUGCGUCGGAUGGCCCGUUCGGAUGUGCUGAUCUCCGGACUGGGUGGACUCGGUGUCGAGGUAGCGAAGAACGUGAUUCUCGGCGGAGUGAAAUCUGUCACCCUGCAUGACACGGCGGUUUGCACGGUCGGCGACCUGUCGUCGCAGUUCUAUCUGACCACGGACGAUGUGGCCAAUGGGCGAAACCGUGCGGACGCAAGCUGUCGCCAGCUCUCCGAACUCAACCAUUACGUACCGACGGUGGCGUACACGGGCGAGCUGACCGAGGAGUUUCUGCAGAAGUUCCGGGUCGUGGUGCUGACGCAGACCUCGCCCGCCGAACAACGGCGCGUUGCGGAGAUUACGCAUCGGCAUAACAUCGCCCUGAUUGUGGCAGAUACGCGCGGUCUGUUCGCUCAGGUUUUCUGCGACUUUGGGGUCGAUUUUACCGUGUACGACCAGAAUGGGGCUACUCUCGGCUCGGCCAUGGUGGCCAGCAUUACCAACGAUGUCGAAAGUGUCGUUACGUGCGUCGAUGAAACACGCCACGGUUUCGAGGAUGGCGAUUAUGUUACCUUCACGGAGGUUCAAGGUAUGACAGAGCUGAACGGAAUGGCGCCGAUGAAGAUAAAGGUGCUUGGACCGUACACUUUCAGCAUCGGUGAUACGAGCAAGCUGAGUCCGUACUUGCGUGGCGGUAUAGCAGCGCAGGUUAAAAUGUCCAAGCAGAUGAGCUUCAAAUCGUUGGCCGAUGCGGAGAACGCUCCCGAGUUCAUAAUGACCGAUUUUGGCAAGUGGGAUCAUUCGACCAACACGCAGAUUGCUUUCACCGUACUGGGUCGCUACCAGGAGCAGCAUGGACGUUUGCCCCGUCCCUGGAACUCGGCGGACGCAACGGAAUUCGUGGAAAUGUGUCGUAAGCGUGCAAAGGAGCUAUCGAUCGAGGAGCUGAAUGAGUCCAUGUUGACCAAGUUCGCGCAGGUGUGCGCUGGUGAUUUGUGCCCGAUGAACGGAGCGAUUGGUGGCAUUACUGCGCAGGAAGUGAUGAAAGCUUGCACGGGCAAAUUCACGCCAAUCUGCCAGUACUUGUGCUACGAUGCGAUUGAGUGCCUGCAGGAGGCUGACCUAACGGAGGAAGAUUGUGCUCCGACGGGUUCGCGUUAUGAUGGACAAAUUGCUGUCUUUGGUCGCAAAUUCCAGGACGUACUGGGACAGCUGAAGUACUUCAUCGUCGGUGCUGGUGCUAUCGGUUGUGAGCUGCUGAAGAACUUCGCCAUGAUCGGAGUCGCGUCCAAGGGCGAUGGAGAGAUCAUUGUGACCGAUAUGGAUCUGAUCGAGAAAAGCAAUCUUAAUCGCCAGUUCUUGUUCCGGCCGCACGAUGUACAGCAGCCGAAAUCGCGUGUCGCCGCCCAGGCAGUCAAGCGCAUGAAUGGCGACAUUCAGGUGACAUCGCACGAGAACCGUGUCGGGCCAGAAACGGAGCGAUUCUACGAUGAUACGUUCUUUAAUCGGUUGGAUGGUGUUGCAAAUGCGCUGGACAAUAUUGAUGCGCGUAUCUACAUGGACCGUCGCUGUGUUUACUACCGCAAGCCUCUGUUGGAAUCGGGAACGCUCGGAACACUCGGCAACAUUCAGGUGGUAGUACCGUUUUUGACGGAAUCCUACAGCUCUUCGCAAGAUCCGCCAGAAAAGUCGAUUCCGAUCUGCACACUGAAGAACUUCCCGAACGCGAUCGAACACACAUUGCAAUGGGCACGAGACACGUUUGAGGGAAUCUUUAAACAGGUUGCCGAAAAUGCUGCUCAGUACAUCACAGAUCCGACCUUUAUUGAGCGCACGCUAAAGCUGCCCGGCGUCCAACCACUCGAGGCACUCGAAUCUGUUAAGAAAGCACUGAUUGACGAUAGGCCGAAAUCGAUUGAAGACUGCGUAAAAUGGGCCCGUAUGUACUUCGAGGAGCAGUACUCGAAUCAAAUCCGUCAGCUGCUCUUCAAUUUCCCGCCCGAUCAGACCAGCUCUACCGGGCAACCGUUCUGGUCCGGACCGAAACGUCUGCCAGAGGCUAUCACUUUCGAUCCGGAAAACCCAUUGCACCUGGAUUAUAUAUUCGCGGCGGCCAAUUUGAAGGCAGAGGUGUACGGCAUUCCACAGCAGCGUAACCGGGAUGCCAUCAGAAAGAUAGCGGUGGCCAUUGAGGUGCCGAAGUUCACACCACGUUCCGGUGUCAAAAUUGCUGUGACGGAUUCUGCGCUGCAGGCAGAAGAGAAUGGUGGUGGAGGCGGUGGUAUGGGUGGUGAAGAUCUCGAUCCGGACCGUAUCAGUCGGCUGCAGAACGAGCUGGCUGCACUGGGAAAGCCCGAUUUUAGGAUCACACCGCUGGAGUUCGAAAAGGACGACGAUAACAAUCUGCACAUGGACUUCAUUGUGGCGGCAUCGAAUUUGCGCGCUGCCAACUACAGAAUUCCGCCAGCAGAUCGUCACAAGUCGAAACUGAUCGCGGGCAAAAUUAUGCCGGCCAUUGCUACCACAACGUCGCUCGUUGCCGGAUGCGUUUCAUUGGAGCUUUAUAAACUGGCUCAAGGUUUUAACACGAUGGAACGCUUCAAGAACGGUUUCCUGAAUCUGGCACUGCCCUUCUUUACCUUCUCCGAGCCGAUCCAGGCGAAAAAGUCGACCUACUACGACAAAGAAUGGACACUGUGGGACCGGUUCGAGGUGAAGGGCGAGCUAACGCUGCAGGAAUUCCUGGACUACUUCGAUCGGGAACACAAGCUUAAGAUUACGAUGCUGUCCCAGGGCGUCUGUAUGCUGUACGCGUUCUUCAUGACCAAGCAGAAGCAGCAGGAACGUCUGAAUCUGCCAAUGUCCGAGGUCGUGCGGAAGGUAUCGAAGAAGAGUAUUGAGCCGCAUGUACGUGCGCUCGUGUUUGAGAUCUGCUGUAACGACGAAGCCGGCGAGGAUGUGGAGGUGCCGUACGUGCGCUACGUGUUGCCUUGAAUAUUCGUAACCCCUUGCUGAAGAUAGAACGGCGCAAUAGAGGAAUAGGGGUGGGGCUGCAGGAGGUUUCGAUUAUGAAUUAAUGUUUGCCGAUACCGUUAAGGAGGGAAAAAAGAGAAAAAGAGCGAGAGAGAGAGAGAGAGCUAGAGAGGAGGGAAGGAGAGGUAUGAUAUAUUCAUAUAGGAAAAUUACUAGAGGUGGGGAUCACAUUCAGUAAAUGCGAUGCGUGGAAAAUAGCAAAAUAAGAUCAAUGUCUUGUAAUGCCACAUCUGGAAUGACGGUAUGACGCUAUUUAAACAUCUGCGACCGUGCAUAAUAUGAUAAUGCAACAACACCCGUAUAAUCGUGGAUGUGCGCAUGACUGCAUGCAGUAAUGAGCCGCGUCUCUGAUGCAUUGUAUGUAAGCAUUUUUGUUGCUACUGGUCAUCUUGGGUAGCUAGAUCACAUUAACACAUCGGUUGUUCUCCGUUGCUAGAGAGCAAAUCAAGAUGUGUUAUUUGGCACGUUCUAUAGAUCGUCGAUACCGGCUUAUUCUCUUUUUCCUUUCUCUUAAUGUGGGUAUCACUUAGUAUUUAUUUUACAUCAAUAUUCCUACGCGCGCACAGUCCCCUCCCCCCCUCCCUUUAUUGACGGUGAAGCCGUGGCUUGUGUGCGGCUUGCACAAUGGCUGAUCUCUCGCGAACGAAACAAAAACGAAAAAGAACUAGCGAAGGUAUAAAUGGAAUCAGAAGCACGAAAGAUGGUAACAUACAAUCGUUCGUCUAGGGGAGUAGGAUACGGUAAUUAUACAGCCGGAUCGAACGGAAAGCAUAAUAAAAGCAUAGCUUUUUUUAACAAAAUGUUUGUUUUUACGUACUUGAAUGUUUGCCGUAAAUCAGGAAAAUUAGUAAUGCGUGGUGCAAAGGGAAAGCGAAAUCAGCAUGCAUGAAAGGAAGUUUGUAAUAAGAAGAUCAACUGUUUGACCGUGGUGCGUGUCGUCAUCGUAGGUUGAACCACAUAUAUGGUAGCUAAGAAAUUGUAGCCGUCUUUAGUACAGGGAAAGAGCAGCGACCUCUGUUGUUCGUGGUGCGAAACAAAAUGUGAGCACAUUUGGUGACUGAUAACGGAAAACCCAUUCAAGGGAAAAGGUCUUCGGUAUGAAAAUGAUUUAAUUUUAUAAUACAGCGUGAUGGGACUUGAGUUUCUCAGUUGCAUGCCAGGAAGUGUGCGUUCAAUUUUAUAUGUUGUACUUUGAAGAGGGUAAUGGUCAAUGAACGGUCGUGCGAGUAGUAGUAACAGCAAUGUCUCGUAUUCGUAUUGUUUGGAUUGAGCAAUUAAUGAUGAUAAAUGCCGAAUGGAAUGGUGUUAUAAGAAUAUUACCAGGAUGCAGGAGCAAAACUUGGAGGGAGUGAUUGGUAGUGGGUCGUUUCGUAGCAGGUUGUGUUACUCCUAAUUACAAGAAAUAACCGUAGUUGGCGCGAUGCAUGGCUGAGCAAAGGGGACACAUUUCAUUAGCAACCGUUUCCUUCGGGAUGUUACAUACCCGCAGAAUAAACCUGUUUUCUCGUACUUUUUCAUGUACCAAAUCCGUUA